AUGGCGAAAAGCAAGCGCAAGAACAUAAGCAUGAGCAACCAAAGGAAUCCAAGAAGCUUUUCAUCUAGGUCUACCACUGUGUCCUAUGUUGAAGAAAACCUCAAGUUUGCUGCCUGCAACAAGAUCCCCAAAAAAAACCGAGCUAGCAGCUACUCAGCCUUCCGCCCACCACUGCCCACAAUCCAGCUCUGCAAUACAACGAAGCUGGGAGAAGAGCCAGACCUCGGGGUGGCCGAGGGCUCAGAGGAGCAGGCCAUGGAGAUGCCAAGCUGGAAGGCUCCAGAGGACAUAGACCCCCAGCCAGGAAGUUAUGAGAUCCGACACUACGGACCAGCUAAGUGGGUCAGCACUUGCGUGGAGUCUCUGGACUGGGAUUCAGCCAUCCAAACUGGUUUCGCAAAAUUGAAAGGCUACAUUCAAGGCAAAAAUGAGAAAGAGAUGAAAAUCAAGCUGACAGCUCCAGUGACCAGUUAUGUGGAGCCUGGCUCAAGUCCAUUCAGUGAGUCUACCAUUACCAUUUCCCUGUACAUCCCCUCUGAGCAGCAACCUGAUCCACCCAGGCCUUCAGAGUCAGAUGUCUUCAUUGAAGACAGAGCUGAGAUGACAGUUUUCGUGCGGUCUUUUGACGGAUUCUCCAGUGGUCAAAAGAAUCAAGAACAACUUUUGACAUUAGCAAACAUUCUGAGGGAAGAAGGAAAAGUUUUCAAUGAGAAGGUCUUUUACACUGCAGGCUACAGCAGUCCUUUCCAGUUACUUGAUAGAAAUAAUGAAGUGUGGCUGAUUCAGAAAAAUGAGCCCUCCGAUGAGGAUAAAUAAGGAAAUGAAGAUCACUGGCAGAGGCAGACCUUCUGCUGAAUGCAGACAUUGACAACACUCAUAUGCAGUGUCUAUGGCUUGAGCUAUCACUCUGCAUCAUGCUUAUUUCUGGUGUGCCUUCAUAAGUAGUUUUGUUUAGAUACAGGAUAUUAAGACAAGUCUGUAAAUGGGUCAUAACUCAGGUGGUCUCCAUUUCUGAGAGGAUCCAGGACAAUGCCAUGGCAUUUCCCUCUUAUUGGCUCAAUCAUUGUUCUCUUACCUCUACUUGGCCUUACAGCAUUUGAAUGUUCUCCCUUCCUUAUAAUAACAGCAAAAAUGGUAAAGAUGUAUUCUGUGUAGAAGUAAAAUUAUGUUGGCUACAAAAAUAACCUUUUUGCCUCCACUGUUGUUUUUCCGUUAAACCCAUGUCCUCAUCCAACUGUUGCUUCCUGAACAAAGAAAGUUCUUACCUUAAUGUGUUGACAAAAUUUGGAGGCAGAAAAUAAAUUCUAUAAGAUGA